AUGUUUAUGAAUUGCAUCGGCACGGACAACUGCGAAUAUGACUUUGGUGAUUGCGAUUUGUUUUCUGAGCAAGCGUGUUCUGAAUUUGUCGAAAGCCGACCCGUUGUUCUCGUCGAAAAAGAAGGCUGCGAGGAAGUUUCGUUGGAAGAAUUGAGCUGCUACGGUCUUCCGCCUUUUGAUGAAUCGUUGGAUGAGACUGAGAUAUGGAUUCAAGAAAACCAACUUCAAAUAAUCAACCAGUUCCACUCCAACCUUGAAGACGUCGAUAAUUGCUCUGACGACAUGUACUCUGCCACUUUUGAUGAGUCAACAAACGAAUUCCAUUUUGAAGUCGAUCGAGCUUGCUUUGAAACUGCCCUUGAUAAUUACGGAACGCUGAGCUUUGGAAGAAAUUUUCGAUUCGAGGUUUAUUCUGAUGAAACUACUCAAGCAGAUCAAACAAUUUUCUUCCUGAGCGAAAACAAGAUCGAUAUUCGAUUCACGUGUUCUAUCGCCACAAGGAUGGAGGCAGACUCACAAGACGUCGAAAAGAAUUUCAGCUAA